UCCACGCCCCGACUUGACUUGAGUCUCUAUGAUAAAAUGCAUAGCAACUCCUUCAAAAACCCUAGAUCCUCUUCACUCUCUUUCACUGCACUUUCUGGUGUUAGGGUUUCUCCGUCAAUCAGCGCCAGAGAUAUGGCUCCCAAACCGCCCAGUACGGGCCUUUUCGUUGGACUGAACAAGGGUCACAUCGUCACCAAGAAGGAAUUGCCUGCACGCCCCUCAGAUCGCAAGGGGAAAACAAGCAAAAGGGUGCACUUUGUGAGGAAUCUCAUAAGAGAGGUUGCUGGUUUUGCUCCAUAUGAAAAGCGUAUAACUGAGUUGCUUAAGGUUGGGAAGGAUAAGAGGGCACUUAAGGUUGCCAAGAGAAAGCUUGGAACUCACAAACGUGCCAAGAAGAAGCGUGAGGAGAUGUCCAACGUUCUCCGAAAAAUGAGGGCUGGUGGAGCUGGAGACAAGAAGAAAUAAAUCAUGCCUUUGAUUUUUGUUUCGAGGACAGUGGAAUCCUUUGUUUUAGUUUCACUAGAUGGAUUUUUGUGUAUUGACGUUUAAGGUGUCUUAAUUUUGCUUUGUUUUAAUUAUGUUACUUCAUGAUCUUACUCUUAGAAAUGUGUUUUUUUAAAUGGGACAUGAUCUGUGGGCAAAAUUACUAUUGGUCUAUUUUCUGUUUGAGCAGUCUGAUCUUUUGUUAUUUAUGUUUA